UGUAUAUGCGUGCGUGCGUGUGUGUGUAUGUGUAUGUGUGUGUGUGUGAGAAAGAGCGAGAGAGAUCUUCCAGCAUUAGGGCCGAACACUGAGGUGUCAUCGCAUCCGGACACAGGACAGCUAUGGCCCUGCUUGAUCUAGCCCUGCAAGGCUUCUCCAUCUUCGGCUUCGGCUUGUUCAUCGUCCUCUGGCUCAUGCACCUCGUGUCUAUCAUCUACGUCCGUCUGCAUCUCAACAGGAAGACCACAGAAAAGGUGCCAUACAGCAAACUGGCUGGUGUGUCGCUGCUAAAACCCCUCAAAGGUGUGGACCCCAAUCUCAUAAACAAUCUGGAGACAUUUUUUGAGCUGGACUAUCCCAAGUAUGAAAUUCUGCUGUGUGUCCAAGACCAUGACGAUCCAGCUAUCGAUGUUUGUAAAAAGCUGCUGGGCAAAUAUCCAAAUGUUGACGCCAGGUUAUUUAUAGGGGGUAAGAAAGUUGGCAUCAAUCCAAAAAUAAAUAACCUCAUGCCAGCUUAUGAAGGGGCAAGGUACGAACUCGUCUGGAUCUGUGACAGUGGCAUUCGAGUGAAGCCAGACACUCUCACUGAUAUGGCUAAUCAGAUGACGGAGAAGGUGGGACUGGUUCACGGUCUUCCUUAUGUGGCAGACAGACAAGGAUUUGCCGCCACAUUGGAGCAGGUUUAUUUUGGAACCUCACAUCCUCGUUCCUACAUCUCGGCCAAUGUCACGGGAAUCAAGUGCGUCACGGGGAUGUCGUGUCUCAUGAGGAAGGAGAUCCUGGACCAAGCUGGUGGGCUGAUUGCGUUUGCUCAGUACAUCGCUGAAGAUUACUUCAUGGCCAAGGCCAUCGCAGACAGAGGAUGGAAAUUUUCCAUGGCAACGCAGGUAGCCAUGCAGAAUUCCGGCUCGUACUCCAUUGCACAAUUCCAGUCUCGCAUGAUCAGAUGGGCCAAACUGAGAAUCAACAUGCUGCCGGCCACCAUCAUCGAGCCCGUCUCCGAGUGCUUUGUGGCCAGUCUUAUCAUCGGCUGGGCCGCCCACCAUGUGUUUCGCUGGGACAUCAUGGUGUUUUUCCUGUGCCAUUGCCUGGCCUGGUUCAUUUCGGAUUACAUCCAGCUGAGAGGAGUACAGGGCGGCCCUCCAUCCUUCUCCAAGCUGGACUACGCAGUGGCCUGGUUCAUCAGGGAGUCCAUGACAAUUCAGAUAUUCUUGUCCGCUCUUUGGGACCCCACCAUCAGCUGGAGAGCGGGACGUUACCGAUUGCGUUGCGGAGGUACAGCAGAGGAAAUCUUGGAGGUUUAAACGGCACCGUGUGCCUUGAAUUAUGCACUGAUGUGAACAUGGACACAGAACUGUGAGAAGACAUGGGCGCAGAUGGACAAAUGAACUGCAACUUUCUUUUUGGAGUCGGGGGGGUGGGGGGUGAUUCCUACUUCUGCUAGUUUUUAACCUGUGACUUUAGCAAAUAGAUUAUUUAUGUCCUUGGUGCUUUUUUUGUUUUCCUGUGCGGUCUGAACAAUUGGAGACCUCGUUCUAGAUGAGCCAAAAGUUAUGAAGAAGAAGAAGAGGAGGCGGCACUUCAGCGGGCAUCAGUAACCAUGAUAAAAAAUGU